AUGGAGUCUUGGAAUAGUUCGAUUCAUUUCUGCCAGUGGCACGGUGUUACAUGUGGCCGCAAGCAUCAGAGAGUCACUACGUUGGAACUACAAUUUCUCAAACUGUCUGGAUCUUUAUCGUUGAAUCUUGGGGGCAACAACUUCUACAACCAGAUUCCACAAGAAAUCGAUCAUUUAAGAAGACUAGAAAUAUUGGACUUGACAAAUAAAAAAUCAAUCUCAACAAUUAAGAAAUUGGUUGAAAUUCAUGGAUCUAUCAAAAAGCAUAUGGGCCUUAACUUGCUUGGCUUAGCAACAGCAAGCCCUGCAGUUAGAGGAAAUGAGACUGAUCAACAAGAUUUACUGCAGUUCAAAAGCAAGAUAAUCGGUGAUCAGCUUAGAUCUUUGGAGUCUUGGAAUAGUUCCAUUCAUUUCUGUCAGUGGCGUGGCGUGGCGUUACAUGGGGUCGCAGGCAUCAGAGAGGAGUUGAAUCUUGCGGCUAAUGGAUUCAACAACCAGAUCCCCCAAGAAGUCGGUCGUUUAAAAAGACUGGAAAGAUUGGAUCUGACCAAUAUCUCCAUCAGUGGUGAAAUCCCAUCCAAUUUAUCUGCUUGUUCUCAGCUUACAUUUGUUAGUAUGUUAGGCAACAAGAUAACAGGAGAAAUACCUUCUUUGCUGGGUCUCUUGUCAAACCUGAAAAUAUUAACUUUUUCUAACAACAGUUUGACAGGGAACAUCCCACCUUCCUUGGGGAAAUUGUCAUCCCUGGAGGUACUCGAUUUAUCAUUAAAUGGAUUAACUGGGACUAUACCUGAAGCUUUGGGGCAAUUGGCAAAUCUUUCAUAUUUCUUCGUAGGAGUUAAUGCAAUUUCUGGUAUUGUUCCUAUUGCAACCUUCAAUCUCUCUAAUAUUAGAGAAUUUGAUAUUGGUGGAAACAAGAUUGAAGGUACUCUUCCUUGUGACUUAGCAAUCAUUAUGCCAUAUCUUAAAUUCUUUUCUGUAGGGCGAAACCAAAUUUCUGGACAAAUCCCGAUUUCAAUAUUCAACGCCUCAAAUCUAAAUGCACUUGAAUUUGGUGGAAACAGACUCAGUGGGAACGUUCCUUCCUUAGAAAAUCUGAAUGGACUACGUGGACUUCUUCUAGGAACAAAUUACUUGGGACAUGGGAGAGAAGAUGACUUGCAUUUUCUCUGCACUCUAGUUAAUAAUACCAAACUAGAACAAUUAUAUAUAAGCCAAAAUAAUUUAGGAGAUGUAUUUCCAGAAUGCAUUAGCAAUUUUUCGAGCACCCUACUAGGUUUAGUAAUGGAAGAGAACAAAAUAUGGGGAAGAAUUCCAAAUGGCAUUGGAGAUCUCAUCAACUUGGAAGUGCUGGUGGCUUCUGAGUGA